GCUCUGGUUUGACUCAGUGCACAAAUGAUACGUAUUUCAACAGCAGCAUUAUUGCUCAUUGGGACUGGUCUUCUCCAAGUAAUGUUUUCUAUAGCAAGUAUGAAUGCUCAGCCAGGACAAAGUGUCACUAUGUGGUGUGCACAUGAUAUACAUGUUACUGGGAACCUGUACUGGUUCAAACAAACAGAUGGUAAUGUACCGAUUACUAUUGUGCGCAUGCUAUACACCGAGAGUCUUCAGAAGGUAGAGCCAAAUUAUUCCGACACUUUCACAAAAGACCAAAUUGGCAUGAAUCUGUUUAGAAAAAGCACAACCCUAACAAUUAAGCGUGCAAGUAUUUCUGAUUCUGGCUUCUAUUUUUGUGGAGCUAUGGGAUAUCACAUGAAAUUUGGCAAUGGAACCAAACUUGAAGUGAAAGCACAUGUUGAAAAACACCAUAGUUCAGAUACCAUUGUAAAUGCCACAAUGGAAAGUGAGAGCGAAGGAACUUCAAAAAAGGAUGAUGAGAAAUCGCCCGUGUCUACCGAGGAGUGUUCUGGAGACAUUUAUUUCAUGCUGACCCUCCUAUUUGGUGGCAUCAUUUUUUUUACAUGUAUAAUUCUUCUCCUUUUGGCGAUUAUCAGGCAACAUAAAAGGCAGAAGUAUAAAAAAGCCGCUGGAUGUCGAACACAACAGAACGAUGACAAGGAAAAUGAUCCAGUAGAAUAUGCUGCAGUGUACUUCUCAAACAAGAGAUCUAAAACGUCAGGAAGACGCACUGAGGACUCAACUGUGUACACGGACACUACUUGAAACAUAAAACAACUUGUUAUUUGUAAAUUAACUAUAGUUUAUUAUCAACAUCUGAACAAUAUCACAGUAUUUUUUAUUUAUAUAUUAAUCAUCGGAGGUCAAGUGGUUAGCUAGAAAGCUCAUGUUUCAACUGUGUAUCACAUGCUCCAUCACACCCUGGGCCUUCAGAGACUUAAAGAUCAAGUUUAACUAUUUGUGGGUCAGGUAAAAUGUAUCAUGUAAAUUGUAUAUAUUAUUCAGAAAUGAUCAAUUAAAGACAUGUUCAUA